UACAACAGAAAACUUAAAACAGCCAAGGACGGCAACCUGAAGUCAUCGGUUUCAUUUAAUGAGAUUCUAUUAUAUUAUUAUUGCUUGACGACAUCGUGUUUAUUGGCUCUUCUCAAAAUUUUUCAGUGCUUCUCAUUUUUAUCUGCAGUUUGGGAACUAUAAGACCAAUGCAAUUUCAAAUUCGUUAUUUACUCAUAUGAUUUCAUUCCGUUGUCUUUUUAUUUAUUGUCUUACUCGCGUGCAUCGCUCAUUAGGCUAUGGACUGAGAUGAAACAGAUUUAGAUAUUAGAAAACCCACAGACCUUUGUGAAAGAAAUUCGAUUAAUUUCCAACAGUCAACGGAUUGAUAUGCCAGAUUGUACAAUGAUGAACAAGAACGGAAUGGUGUCAAAAAUCCAAACCCGAAUAAGGACGGACCAUUUCAAAAGCAAUUACGACCUUGUCGGUAAAGAAUUGGGCAGGGGGAAGUUUGCAGUGGUGAAGAAGUGUGUUGAGAAGGUAACAGGAAAAGAACAUGCUGCCAAGUUCCUGCGCAAACGACGGAAGGGGGAAGACUGCCGUAUGGACAUCAUCAAUGAGAUUGCUGUGCUGGAGUCUGCCAAAGCCAACCCCUUCGUGGUUUCCCUGCACGAAGUCUAUGAGACUGCCACUGAGAUCAUCCUGGUUCUGGAGUGUGCUGCCGGGGGGGAGAUCUUUAACCAGUGUGUGGCAGACAGCGAUGAUGCCUUCACGGAGAAGGACGUGAUCCGACUGGCCAGGCAAAUCCUCGCUGGUGUGGCAUGGCUCCACCACAAAAACGUUGUUCACCUGGAUCUGAAGCCACAGAACAUCCUGCUGACCAGCUCUCACCCGCUGGGGGACAUUCGCAUCGUAGAUUUUGGACUGUCCAGGCGCACAGACAAUGUGAAGGAGGUUCGAGAGAUCCUGGGCACCCCGGAGUACGUAGCCCCAGAAAUCCUGAACUAUGAACCGCUCAGUACAGCGACAGAUAUGUGGAGCAUCGGGGUGCUCACGUAUGUUAUGCUGACUGGCGAGUCACCGUUCCUGGGAGACAACAAGCAGGAGACCUUCCUCAACGUCUCCCAGGUCAAUGUGGACUACUCCCAGGAGGUCUUUCAGGGUGUGUCCUCACUGGCCAUCGACUUCAUCAAGUCCCUGCUCGUCAAGAACCCCAGACACAGGGCCACAGCGGAGGACUGUUUGAAGCACCCCUGGCUGAACAACAGCCACUCCCACACCCACACUGGCCACGCCCACCCCAGACUGCUGCCCUCCAUGGACGAACCCGAGACCAGCCAAUCGGAGUCGGAUCCCGAGUCGGAGAGCCCCGCCCCCUCCCCGGAGCUGGUUAUCGUAGCCUCCUAUACGCUGUGCCCCGGCCAGGGCGAGAUGAAGGCGGGCAGGGGUGGCGCCUUCCCCUUUGAGGAGCCCCUGAUCCAGCAGGAGGUCAUCUGCUGAGCCCCGCCCACCACAGACAGUCACACUGUGAACUGCUAUUAAUUUAUUUAACAAACGGAAACCCCCGGAAAACUUGGUCUGACGCAGCACUACGCUAAUUUGAGCACUUUGAAACCGUGUGUGUGUGUGUAUGCAUGCGUGUGUGUUUAUGACACCCAAGUCCUCUGUCUCGAGGCGAGGUCAGGUGUGAGAAUCAGUAUUUCCUGACGUGAAUAAAAUCACAUUCCUGCCACCGUCUGUGAAGAACGGAGAGAGUAGCACUUGUUUGGCCUGGUAUGUCUGUACACUCUUGGUCUUGGAGUCCAUUUCUCUUGUACAAAGUGUCCUCCUGUGUUGGUAAACAAUAUGAACAGAUAGUGGAAGUUGUGUGUCUCUAGGGGAAGAGCCAGCAUAGAUGAAGCCUGAUGAUGUUUGUUGUGCUGAUGAGAGAUUACUCUUCUCCUUUUAUUUUGAAGCCAGAUGUUUGGGGAGGCGGGGGGGGGACCCUGGUCUCAUUCCACUCGCUUAUUUUUCUCCACUUUUUACCUUUCCUUGCUCCUGACCCAGAAAUCGAUCAAGAUGGCAUCUAUGAGGACAUUGCAAUCCCUUAAAUGUUCCUUUUAGGAGCUAGAAGUAGAAGUUCCUUUUAGCAAGAAAACAGCCAAACCAAAUUUUUUUUCGGAAAGCCUGACGUAUAAAUGAUCGACCUGUGGAUCCACCUCUCCUCAACUGCCACGUCAGUAACUGAUGUGGCUUCAAACUGACGUUUGAAGGAGCAAGAACAUUCCAUUUGUCUUGGAUUCACGUUUUCUCAACAAUUUAUUUUUCUUUCAUCUUUUCCUAGCCUCUGUCGAUGAGUGGAGCUAGGGGCAAGAAAAGGAGAAGGAAAAAGAAAAAAAGAGGAGAAAAAUAAGGGAUUGGAAUGAGAAAUGGAUGCCCUGAUCUGAGGGUUGUCACUUCCUGUCUGAAGGCACAGAGUGGGCUGGAGGGGAGAAUGGUGGCUUAUGAAGGCUCACCCAAUGACAGUUCCCAAGCUCCCAAAUACUCAUUAUGGCAGCAGCAAUAUCACAAGCCAACAGUGCUGACACAAUCAUGACAUGGCACUUUUCAUUGGUCGGUUCUUGAAAGAUGGAAUAUAUCCUUGUCUAAAGGCUUUUGUAGAUGUGGCGUCAGGCGUAUGCCAUCUAUAGCAUAGUAUAUGUCUGAGACGGAAAGUUUUUUUAUCAUGAAAUACUUCCACUUUCUUUUAUAAUAUUCCACCCUGCAAGAUUUUACACCUGAUGUAUCUUUUCUAAAUAUUCAAAAUGUGUUCUUUCCCCUGCUAAUGUUGCACAAUUAUUAUUAUUUCUUUAGGAUUUUGUUCAAAAUUUGUUUUGUUUAUUCGCCCUUGUUUCUGUGUGAUUUGGUUAUAAAAAUGAAGUCUGUCAAAAUGAGGUCAUAUGGAAUCCUGCAAGACAAUAGAGGCUGGGAAGUGAAGGAAAAGUCUAGCCUGAGUCCUACCUGAGAUGCCCAAGUUUUUGUUAAUUUCUCAACAAUGUUUUGUUAAAGAUAUUUUUCUAUUGUCAUUUUUUAAAGAUUAAUAUGGUAUGAAAUAUAUAAAAUUGUAUUUUUGUCUCUUUUCUAUUUUGUACUGUGGAUUACACUCCUCUUCAGCUUUUUAAAUGUCAGGCAGGUUUGCACUUGCUUAUUCAGAUGAAUUAUGUAUUAAUAAUUAUUUUAUAAGCCUGCUUAAGCCGUAUCAAGGGAAUUAAAUAUGCAUUUUUUGUAUUAAAGAAUUAUUUUCACCUCA